AUUUAGUUUCAAAGUCCGCAAAGUAACCGUCGAAACUCCAAUGCCACCCCAAAAAAUCGUUCACAGAACCGCCAGAGCGCGUUAUCAAUUGAAGACGCAAAUCUUGUCCCAAACUGGCCCGGAACCUGUGCCACAUGCCACGCACGUGUCGUCCGGUUCCAGGAACUACUUAUUAACCCUUUGUAAGCCACCGCGAGCCCACGGACAAGUCUCUGGUCAACAGAACAUUAUGAACGGCGACCGUUUGGUAUUAAAUCGUUUUUAUUAGUGCCUGUAUAAUCUGUUCAAUUCAAAAACACAACAUUUGUGCUUACAGAAACUUGUUUAGCGGGCGAUCAGUCUGUGUGAUUAAAUGGAAGAAAAAACAUCUCUGGUAUAAUAAAUAAGAGGUUUUUCUUAUUAAAGUCAUUUCUAAAAGUGACGAAGGGAAGAGCGGCAGGGGACCGGAGAGAUCCAUUCCCGGAACACCGGAUCCUCCCCGUACUUUAGCAACAGCUCCGUCCCAUGUUCUUCUGACGGCAACGCAGAGCAAGUGCCCUGGCCGAAAACCUCACGUUGCUGCGCCCUGUGUGUGUGUGAGAAGUGUGUGUUCACCCGAAAGAAAGAUGGCAGAUUAUCGGGAAGACACCGGAGCGCGCGCCCUACUGGCUCUGCAGUCCGCCCCGUGCAGCCCCGUGCGCGUCGGGGUGUCCUCGCACGGGUACCCGUCCUCCCUCGUCCUCUCCGGUACCUCCUCGGUACUGAGCCGUGGAGGACUACCUCCCGUGCGCCUCGCUUCGCCGCCUCGGGCCCUGGCCAGACUGGAGGGCCGGGACUUUGAGUUUGUGAUGCGCCAGAGGACAGUGACGGUAGGCCGGAACUCGUCCCAUGGGUCCGUGGACAUCAACAUGGGCCACUCCAGCUUCAUAUCAAGAAGACACCUGCAGAUCAACUACGAAGAACCGUACGGCUUUUCGUUGCGUUGCCUGGGCAAGAAUGGGGUGUUCGUGGACGGGGUGUUCCAGCGGAGAGGCGCGCCGCCUCUGCAACUUCCCCGGGAGUGUGUGUUGCGUUUCCCCAGCACGGUGAUAAAGAUCCAGUUCCUGUCUCUGUUGUUGGGGGAGGAGCUUAGGGAGGAGCAGUCUCCGCCCCCCAGGCCCCUCCUCCCCCACAUCUCCCCCCUCAAGAUCCAGAUUCCCAUCAUGCACCACGACGACCUGCACACCUUCAGCUCCCCACUGCCCUCCCCCACCGGCACCAUCAGUGUUCCGAACUCAUGUCCCGCCAGCCCGCGGGGGGCGGGGUCGUCAGGUUAUCGCUAUGGACGCAACGUGACCUCUGACCUCCAGCUGGCUGCAGAGUUCGCCGCGAAAGCCGUCUCAGAGCAACGGGGAGAGGUUAAUGAGCAACGGGGAGGGGUUGCCGAGCAACGGGGCGAGUCGGCAGGAGGAGACAGCCCCAGGGAUGAGUCCAAGCCUCCGUACUCCUACGCCCAGCUGAUAGUGCAGGCCAUCUCUUCAGCUCCUGACCGACAGCUCACCCUGUCUGGCAUCUACUCUCACAUCACCAAACACUACCCCUACUACCGCACCGCUGACAAGGGCUGGCAGAACUCCAUCAGACACAACCUGUCUCUGAACCGCUACUUCCUGAAGGUGGCUCGCUCCCAGGAGGAGCCUGGGAAGGGGAGUUUCUGGCGCGUGGACUCUGCGUCGGAGGGGAAGCUAGUGGAGCAGGCGUUCAGGAAGCGCAGGCAGAGGGGCGUGGCCUGCUUCCGCACGCCCUUCGGACCGCUGUCCUCCAGGAGUGCCCCAGCCUCCCCCACCCACCAGGGCCUGCUCUCCCCCCCGGGCAGCGGGCUCCAGACCCCUGAGAGCCUCAGCAGGGAGGGCUCCCCGCUGCCCCACGAGCACCUGGGCCACAAGCUGUCCUCCGUCCCUGAGUACCGCUACACCCAGAGCGCCCCUGGUUCUCCUGUCAGCGCCCAGCCCGUCAUCAUGGCAGCCCCCCCUCACCACCCCCUGCCCCUGCCCGCGGGGCUGGGGAACCCCCUAGCGUUCCUCCCAGGGGGGGCAGGGGGGGGGAAGGGGCUCCUGCAGGCCCCCCCCACCGUCACCAUGCUGAGGGUGGUCACCUCCGCCGCCCCCCCCAACGGAUACCUGCUAAGCACCGCCCCGCCCCUGGGGGUGCCCGGGGGCGGAGCCAGCGAUCUCAGGGAGUCUCAGCAAGGGAGAGAGCGUGUAAUCCAGUCCCUGGAGGGGGUGGGGCUAAGUGGCGAGGGGCGGGGCCUGUCCCUGGGCAUACACCAGCUUCCUGUCCGACCUGUCACUCAGAAUGGCAAGCAUGCUGCCGUCGCCGUGACAACCAACGCCUACGCUCUCAACAGUCCUCUCCAGAUCCUGGCCGCCCAGGCCUCCAGUUCUCCCCCAGUGUUGGUGAGCAGGCAGCCCAGCUCGGGGCCUGAUCCUCGGGCAGAGCAGCCAGGUGAGCCCCAGGCUAAGAGGCCCAAGGUGGAGGGGGAGGAGAGCCCCUCUCUGGCCCCAGCCUCCCAGCAGCCCGUCAUCGUGGCCAUGAGCUCCCAGUCCCACGACCCCAGGAAGUGAAACCUCCGCCUGUGACCCCUGACCUGGUGCCUGAAGCAGCAGCAGCUCCAAACCCACCUCUGAUCCCUCCGACCUCUGAUCCCUCCCACCCCAAAGAAAUGGGAGGAGGAGAAGUUCCCCCCAGGAAGGAAACAGCUGUCGUUAACAACUUUUACGUUUUUUGAUUGAGAUUCUUUUUCUGGAGAGGGUGGACAGGAGAGCAGGUGUGUGAUGCUGACAUGUUUUUAAUCUGUCAGCCGACCCAUCAUCUGUCCACACACCGCUUGUCGUGUCCCCAUUGGUCAACAGACCAACCAAUCAAACAGUCAGCCUCUCUGAUUGGCCAAAGAGUUUUCACUAAUUGGGCAGGUUGGUUUGGGAGGUGCAGAUAGGGCCAAGGAGGUUGGGGGGAGGAGACUAGGAAAGGAGACGAGGAAAGGAGUCGAUGUGGUUGGGAAGAAAGUCUUGGUUAGGGGCGGAGCCUGUCUCAAUACUAAAUUGACUGAAUUAAACUAAAGUUCAUCCUAGCGUAACCAUAAAAGAAGAGUAGGACAGGAAGUAGUAGACAAGACGUAGAUCUCUGAACAGAUCAUGCUCCCCCAUUGGUCAAUACAGCUGAUAAGUCAUCAAUAUCAUUGGUCAGGGCGGCUUACAGAGAGAGAGAGAGAGAGAGAGAGGAAGGGAGGAAGAGAUGGGAGAGGGACAAGGAAGGAAGAAUAUUUAGAUAACUAGUGGAUGAGGUUAGCAGAGAUGGAAGGAGGAGAGAGAAGAACAAUGAGAGAGAAAUAGAGGAGGAAAGAUAUAUGGAGGAGAGAGAUUGGAGGAGGAGAGGGUAGAUGGGUGGAGAGGAUAGAGAGAUGGAGAGAUUAGGGGAUAGAUGGAGGAGGGGGGAGAUGGAAGGAGAGAGAUGGAGGAGGGGCGAGAUGGAAGGAGAGAGAGAAGAGAUGGAGAAGUCAGCGGAGAAAAACUAAUGUAGACAAACUGAUUGUGUUUUUGUAUUUUUCUUUUUUGUUUCCAUGAGUACCACGUUGUGUGUGUGUGAGAGAGAGUGUGUGUGUGCGUGCGUGAGAGUGUACAGAUUCUAGCUAACUGAUUAAGCAUUAUCGGUGUUAUUUUUAUUAUAAUUGAUCUUAACUGUUUCAGUUGAAUCCUUGCCGUUUAGUUCCUGUAUGUUUUAACCAAUAGACAGCUUUACAUUGUACUCCAAACCAAGCGCUUUGACACACAACACGGCCUACCUUGUUACCACGACGAUGACAAUGAUUCCAAUCGUAAUGAUGAUGAUGGUUUAAAGACUCGCCAAGCGCGGGCAACAGGCGUUGUCGCAGACAAGACGCAAACACACACAAUCUCACACACACGCUAGAACAUACCUUUCCAACUCCCUCUGGUUCUACCUUCUAGAAUGUUGCGUUUCUACGUGUUCCGUCUGAAUGUUCCGAACCUCCUUCUGACUCUGCCCCUUCUGACCCCUGCAGUUUGGGGGCGUGGCUUCUAUCGGGGAAGGGGUGGGACCAACUCAUGAAUGAUCUUUCUCUCCUUCUCACUUCCUCACCCGGGCUGGCCUUUUUCUUCUGCUUUAUUUCUUUCAUCUAUUUCUCUCUCCUUCCAUCUCUCCAUCUUCCUACCUCCAUCUCUCCAUCAAUCCCUGUAUUCCAUUCUGCAUCCCUCAGUCUCUCCUUCCCCCCUACAUAAUCAAGAGAUGAUUGAGCAACACUUCAUGACCUCUCUCUAACGCCUAGAUGUUCCUGAACGCAGCAUCUACAGGGUUCCUAUUUCUCAGCUGAUCACCAAUACUUUAUACAAAAGAAUGAUUGUUGCACAUUUACAAAAACAGAAAAGGAAGAAAAAUAAAUAUGCGUGUCUGCUCCUGUGUCAGAGCAACGAGAGCAUUUAAACCAGGAUGGUAUUUUGUUUUGUUUUAGCGAAGAAAAGUUAUAAAAAAAAACAGAGUAUUUUGCUAUCCAACAACAGCUAUCAAACAGUUAACUUUUGGAAAUAGAGAAGUAUAAAUAUAUGUAUUUUUAAAUGUUCUUGUUUUUUUGUGAUUUGUUAAAAAAAAUGUGUAGCACAAAUUAAAUUUCCUCAUUGAC